UGCACGCACACACGGGCGGGCGCGCGUGCGCGCCCUGUCCGCGCAUCCGCAGCGCGCGCUCUCUCUGUCUCUCAGCACCGGGCCGCUCGUGGAUACGCGCGCGUUAUAGACCGGAAAGCCUCCGCCGUCUCGUCUCGUGAAUGCCGGGAGCAAUGCCGCUGUGAGGGCGGAUCGGAUAUCUCUCUCCUCCGCGUUAUCUUCCGCACGGCCGGCCGGCGCUGGCGCGAGCGGCCUGUAAACACACAAGAUGUCGACCCGAACGCCAUUGCCCACCGUGAACGAGCGCGACGCCGAGCAUCACACGUCUGUCGAUGGCUACGGCGACACACCAGCACCGCCCACAAAAUCCUCGAGUCGACAGAGUCUCCCACGUUGCCGAAAUUCAGUGGCAUCUAUCACAGACGAACAACCUCACGUCGGCAACUACAGACUGCUUAAAACCAUCGGCAAGGGGAACUUUGCUAAAGUCAAACUGGCCCGUCAUGUUUUAACAGGACGAGAGGUGGCUGUGAAGAUCAUCGAUAAAACACAACUGAAUCCCACUAGUCUUCAGAAGCUCUUUCGUGAAGUGAGGAUUAUGAAGGUCUUAAAUCAUCCUAAUAUUGUUAAGUUAUUUGAAGUAAUUGAGACGGAGAAGACGCUUUAUUUAAUUAUGGAGUAUGCAAGUGGAGGUGAGGUGUUUGACUACUUAGUUGCACAUGGGAGAAUGAAGGAGAAGGAAGCCAGAGCCAAGUUUAGACAGAUUGUGUCUGCGGUGCAAUAUUGUCAUCAGAAGAGAAUCGUUCACAGAGAUCUCAAGGCUGAAAACCUGCUGCUCGAUGCCGAUAUGAAUAUAAAGAUCGCUGACUUUGGCUUCAGUAAUGAGUUCACCAUUGGGAGUAAGUUGGACACGUUCUGCGGAAGCCCUCCAUACGCUGCUCCUGAACUCUUUCAGGGGAAAAAGUAUGACGGACCGGAGGUGGACGUCUGGAGUCUGGGGGUCAUCCUGUACACACUUGUCAGCGGCUCACUUCCAUUUGAUGGACAAAAUCUAAAGGAGCUGAGAGAGAGAGUUUUGCGAGGGAAGUAUCGGAUUCCCUUUUACAUGUCUACAGAUUGUGAAAACCUGCUGAAGAAACUGUUGGUGUUGAACCCUGGCAAGCGUGGCAGUCUGGAGCAAAUCAUGAAGGAUCGCUGGAUGAAUGUUGGCCAUGAGGAAGAAGAGCUGAAGCCCUACACAGAACCUGAGCCAGACUUCAGCGACACCAAACGUAUCGAUCUCAUGAUCACUAUGGGUUUCCCUAAAGAUGACAUCACGGAGUCAUUAGUAGGUCAGAAAUAUGAUGAGGUCAUGGCUACGUAUCUUCUCCUGGGCAGGAAAGCACCAGAUUUUGAAGGGAGUGAAUCAGUAUCGAGCACAAACCUGUGUCAAAGAUCUCGACCCAGCAGUGAUCUGAACAACAGCAGCAGCAGUAACACGCAGUCACCGGCACACAUCAGAGUCCAGCGCAGUAUCUCUACUACUCAGAAACAACGACGAUUCAGUGAUCACGUUGCUCCGUCCAUACCUCCAGCCGUCUCAUACACCAAACGCUCUCAGGCCAACAGCGUGGAGGGAGAUAAGAAAGAUGAAUGGGAAGCGUCCCGUAAGCUGCCGUCCUCCAGCUCAAAGGGAGACGUGCCCACCUCUCCUCUGGUAACACAGGAGCGCAGGAAAUCCUCCAUAGCAUCAGGGAACGGUGCAUCUGGAGGAAUGACCAGGAGAAACACAUAUGUGUGUGAACGCUCCAGUACAGACCGAUAUUCAGCCAUCACCAACGGCAAAGACAGCAGUUUGACGGAGAUGUCCACUGCAGCUAGUGGUUCAUCUUCAGUGUCUCCUGGAGCAUCGUCUGCACUGGCAUCCACUCGGCCACGUCAUGUGAAGUCCAUGUCCGCCUCGGGUCACCCGACCAAAUCUCCGCUGCCGCCUAUCGAGGACAACGCUGAAUACAAGAGCUCCAGCAGCACUAGAGCUCCAACCGCCUCCCCAUCCGCUCACAGCAUCAGCAGUAUGACUCCGGACCGGACCCGUUUUCCUCGAGGCACCUCCAGCCGGAGCACUUUUCACGGAGCGCAGCUCAGAGACCGACGCAGUGCCACCUACAACGGCCCGCCCGCUUCACCCACCCUGUCGCAUGACACUGGUGCUCUGGCCCAGGCCCGCAGAGGAACCUCAUCCGGUUUCAUCAGCAAACUCACCUCAAAGUUUGGCCGCAGGUUACCGAGUGAAGGAGAAGCCCGCGGUCGGGCGUACAGCGUCAGGAGCGGAUCCGGAGAACCCAAAGAAGACGGUCGCGACUCAAAGCCGAGAUCGCUGCGUUUCACCUGGAGCAUGAAGACCACGUCCUCCAUGGAGCCCGGAGACAUGAUGAGAGAAAUCCGCAAGGUGCUGGACGCCAACAACUGCGACUACGAGCAACGCGAACGCUUCCUACUCUUCUGCGUCCACGGCGACGCUCGCCAGGACAGCCUCGUCCAAUGGGAGAUGGAGGUGUGCAAACUGCCCCGCCUAUCUCUCAACGGCGUACGCUUCAAACGCAUCUCGGGGACGUCCAUCGCCUUCAAGAACAUCGCCUCUAAAAUUGCCAACGAGCUCAAGCUGUAAGCAAAGGCUUUGGGACGUGUGUGCACCAUUAGAGUUACUGCUUCUGUGAUGUGUAGCGGAGAAAAAAAAUGAUGAAUGCUAAAGAUGAAAAGAGAAAAAUCAAGCGCCCUCACCUGACCUCUCGCAUUAUAUACACCUGGUUAUAACAACCAUCUCGCAAUAAUACCGAAACCCUUUUUAGGGUCGUCAGGACACGGUUCUGUCCAACGAAUGCUAACGGACUCAAAACGGACUUUUUCCACAUGUACAGAUCUGGAUUGUUUUUGUUGUAUCGAAUUAAUGAUAGAGUUGUAUAAUACAGGACUUUAAGCCUACUGAUAUGUUGUAUAGCCACUAAUGAGUCUGUACAGAACAAAUCACUGUCGCCAUUUACUUCCUGCAUAGUUUUAUUUUAUUAUUGCUUAAUAGAUUUUUUUAUUUAGAUUUUAGAUUGUUAUGCCAUUCAUCUGUUUUUAUAUUUUCACAAAGGAAAGUGAACUAUUAACUGACCGUCCAGUCGUUUCAAACUCCGUACUCUUUUAUUUUGAAAAUGCGAACUUUAUUGUGCACAACUGCAGCAUUUUUAACUGUACACUGCAAAAAAUGAUUUUAUUAUUUUUCUCUAAAAAUAUCAAAAAAUAUUUUAAUCUAGAUUCUUUUUCUUGAUGAGCAAAACGACCCAAGAAAUAAGUCUAGUUGUAAGACCAAUAAUAUCAAAUUUAAGUGAUUUCGUGCAUAAAACAAGCAAAAAAAAUCUGCCAAUGGGGUAAGCAAAAAAAUCUUGCAAAUUUUUCUUAAACACUAAAUUCAAGAAAAGUGCAAGAAUUUUUUUUUUGCUUUUUUAUGCACAAAAUCACUUAAAUUUGAUAUUUUUGGUCUAAAAACUAGACUCAUUUUCUUGGGUCGUUUUGCUCAUCAAGAAAAGCAUCUUAAUUUAAGAUUUUUUUGAUAUUUUUACUGAAAGCAAGACAAAAAUACUAAGAAAUUAUUUUCUUAAAUCAUUUUUUUGCAGUGUAGACAUGAAUGCAACAUCGACGGCAUCGAGUAUAGACUACUGGCAAUGAUUGUAUUUAAUAGUACAGCGCUGUAUUUUUUUAUUUUGUCGAUCACUUCACGUGGGUUUGAAACGACACGUUGGUCAACAUUGACUGAAUUUCAGAUUUGAUGGGACGAUAAAAUGGAGGAAACGCUGAAUAAGUGUUUAUUUUAGUAGUUUAGAAGGUCCGGAUGUACAUUUCAUCAGAUUAGAUUUCAAGCAGUAGUGAAUGAGCAUUGCAUUAACAAACACACUGAGACUUUAUACUGUACACUGCAAAAAAAUUAUUUUUAAGAAAAAUAUUUCUUAGUAUUUUUGUCUUGUUAAUAGUAAAAAAAUCUAAAAAUUAAAUUAGGAUGCUUUUUCUUGAUAAGCAAAACCACCCAAGAAAAUAAGUCUAGUUUUUAGACCAAAAAUAUCAAAUUUAAGUGAUUUUGUUCAUAAAACAAGCAAAUAAAAUCUGCCAGGGGCUAAGUUAAUUUUUCUAACAUUUUUCUUGAAUUUAGUGUUUAAGAAAAAAUUUUAAGAUUUUUUGCUUACCCCAUUGGCAGAUUUUUUUUGCUUGUUUUUUAAAUUUAGUCUCAAAACUAGACUUAUUGUCGUUUUUGCUCAUCAAGAAAAAGCAUCUUAAUUUAAGAAUUUUUAGAUAUUUUUACUGAAAACAAGACAAAAAUACUAAGAUUUUUUUUUUCUUGAAAAUAAUUUUUUGCAAUGUAAUGUGCAGACAGUUGCCACUACUCAGCCAUACUUCUGUAACGCUAAAACUUUUAUUUAUUAAGCCAUUUUAUGCCUUUUUCUUUCUGUAUUAAAAAAACUGACCCAGAGAAUGCAUGACUUUUUGUAAAACGUAUUUGUUUUUGUAUUUAGUGAUGAUGACGAAGAUAGGGAUUAUGACCUCCUGUACUGGUACAUUUCUACGAUUGUGUUUUGUACCAAAGUAUCAGAGGAUAAAUGUGCAAUGCUGUCUAUGCUGUGGUACUGUAACGUUGAUGAAAGAAGUCACGACUGCACACUUCUCUUAAGGGGAGAUUACUUUGGAGAAUAAGUGGCUGAAGCUGUGAUGAUAACGUUUAGACUGGGAUCUUAUUUGUUUUAUGGUACGUUUCCCAGACCUUUUUCUUUUUUAUUGUUUUUUUUUUGUUUUGGCAUUGUGGAUGAAAGUGAUUUAGGUGGCUGAAGUUUUCCAAAUAAUGCAAGCGACUCUUCAUUCCAUCUCAUCAUUCCUCACACCUCUGCCCUGUUUUUCUCUUAACAUGGUACUGUACAAUUGUGAGCUGAAGUCUCUUGGGCCGCCGUGGUUCAGUCCCCCAUUAAAGCUUACUUGAAACCAGUCUUUGAAC